UUGAGCCACAGCAUGUGAUCAUGCUUGCGUAGAGUUUGGGUGAGAAGCCACAUAGCGGAGUGCAACCCAUCAUGAGAGCCGUUGGUGAUCUCAUAGCUGUCGUGUCUUGACUCUUGGACCCGUUCUUGCACCGGGCAUUCGCCAAAAGUUACAGCACGAGCGGACGCCCCGGGGCAACCGAACCGCCAGAGUCGAUUUGGUUUACCUCGUGGCGGUGCUGCUCCAAGCGCGACCCCGCUAUAUCCCGCGGAUGCGUAGGGAAGUCGAUGGACAUGCACCGAGUAGGGCUGCAUACCAUGACGCUGAAAGCAGCGACGUUGGACUACCGUGUGGCUAGGUACCUCUGGUACUUCCAACCUGCCUGCACUAGCCUUGCUGUUUCCCAAGGGUUCGAAGAAAGAGCCUCACAGUUUCUCGGUCCCCUCGGAUGCUCAGGGAAAACACAGAAGAUCAUGUGUAAAACACAAAAUUCAUACGUGUGCGUUUCCACCCAGGACCCCUCGCAAACAAACAGCUCCAGCGGCUUGGGUCUGGAUCGACGCGCCAAAUCAUGCAAUGAUCGUCCAUGGAAGCCAAUAGUUAAUUGCGACGUCUUCUGUCUAGAACACGCCCGUUCUCGUUCUGUCCACUUCCUUGAUUGCAGCCGCUCGCUUUGGCAAGCACACAAAGCUCGCGUCGACGGAUUCAGCACACGCUCGCUAGAAGGCGGCGCCUAUUGGUCGCUUCUCGACGCAAUCCCACUGAUCCAGACGCAAAGCAGGGAUCGAGAUUGCGUAUCUGCAUCGAAGCUUUGGCGGCCCGUGGAUUAAGAACCGCCGGAAAAUGCACCAGCGCGCAAAUCAGCGAUCAUAAAGCAGAAGAGGGAC